AUGAAGGCCGUUGGCGAGAUUCUCAACCCUCGGGGUGGCUGCUCGUCCGAGCUGCUGGGUUACACGGAGUGCUCGCGCGAGGCACUGCCCGUGUUGCCUUCGCCGUCGCUGUCGCUACCUUCGCCGGCUCUGCGCGGACCUACAUCACCGUGCCCGACCGAAGGGGCCCUGGUCGAGACCUCCUGCACGUCGAAGAUGUCGCCGGCUAUGACGCAGGCAUGCUCGUCGCCGAGUACGAGCCGUGCUCCUCGAGACACCAUCGAAGGCUCAUUUUUCGCGGCCGUCUGCGGGAUAUUUGUGAUUAUGGCGGUCGCACUCGGCACGGUCUACUUCCUGAAAGUCGCCAGACAACGGGCCGGAACCCAGCUCGCAUCGGUGAGGCGCAGGACCUGCGAGACUCGCGACUGCCAGCGACACGCGCUGCUGCUCACCGUCGGCCUCAACCGGAGCGCGGACCCUUGUCACGACUUCGGCGCCUACGUGUGCUCGGCCUGGUCGCCCGCCGGUGGCGGAAGCCGCUCGCGCCGGGGUCGCUCGACAGAAGAAGCCUUCGAGUCGCAGCUGAACGACGUCCUGAUCGCGUGGCUGGGGGGCCUGGAGGACCUCUUGAUUAGCGGUCUCGACGUGGAGAAGGUCGCCAGCAAGCCGCUGGCUCUGCUGCGCAGCUGCCGGAAGCGAGGGCCACGCGCCAGCACCGACGACCUUGAUGAAUUCCGGGAGUUCAUCGUCCUGCUGGGACUGUGUUGGCCGGACGACAACUGUUGCGACGUUAGCGCCCUGGGCGUCCUCCUAGGACUCGUCUACAGGUGGGACCUGUGCUUUUGGCUGCGAAUGCGGGUACUGCGGAGCUCGAAGUCUAACGGAACCGCUCGUCGCCUGGCACUGUACCCCGGUCCGAGAUUUGUCGUGCAGCGAUUCGCGGCCAGGCACACUCACUUGGUGACGAAGGACGCCUACGUCGCAUACUGGACGCAUCACCGCGACGCGCUCUUGACGCAGAGCACUUCCAACGGGUCCUCGCGGCACUUACCGCCUGCGCGGGAGAGCAUCGAACGCGUGGUAAAGGCUGAACACGCCAUCGCUUCGGCGCUCUGGCGCAGCGCAGCCAAGGAGUCUCUAGUGCCGAUGAACGUGACGAUUUCGGAUUUCGGCUUCUACACGGGCAAGGUGUCCUCGAAGGAAUGGCUCGACAAGUUAAACGCCAACGUCGCGGACGAGUCGACGCUGUUCGCAAUGGAGGAUCACGUUCUCGUGGCGGACGCGUCGGUGCUGGAGGCCAUGGGGACAAUCUUCGGCGCCCACACGGACCGCGAAAUCGUGGCUCACCUGUCCUGGCAAUUCGUCCAGGAGUACGGCGCCGUGGUCGAUCCGGGUCUCGGGCGGCUCUUCGAGGACGGUUGGGACGGGGCGUUCUGCGCUAGACAGGUCGAAAGGAUCUACGCUCCGCUCGUCGCGACGUUGCACUGGAAGCUUCGCACCGGCCACGCCGAGAGGCAGCUGCUGGAAGCCAAGCUGCGCAGCCUGGUCGACCGGACGGCUCGGAUGGUGGACACCCAGUGGUGGCUUGCACAACCGGACAGGCGCGUUGCCGUGGAUAAGCUUCGAGCGUUGACCAUCCGGCUGUGGCUGCCGAAUGAGCUGCAGCAGAAGCUCGGCCUGGUCUAUCGCGAUUUCCCCAAUGGCACGGCGGCGGACGAGUCCUUCGCGAAGACGUGGAUUAGGAGCAGGAGAGCACUCGCUCGCCAAGCUUCUGGCCACUUCCGAGAGUCGCUCGCAAGCUACAGCCCAGCGCUGUCGCCGCUGGUGGUCGGGUACGACUACCUGGACAACGCCGUAGACGUUGCCGCGGCGUCGCUGACCGGGCCGCUGUACUACGCCAACGCUACUCCCGCCAUGUUCUACGGCGGCAUUGGGUUCUACUUCACCGCCCACAUGAUGCGGUCGCUGGACUGGACGGGCCUCAGGGUCGGCGCGGACGGUCGCAUCGUCUCGCCUUCCUGGAUGAGCGAGACCAGCCGCAAAGUCGUGGAGAGCCGCUUGAGCUGCCCCACAACGGGCGUUACAAACCGCGCGCUUCUGCCUUACCUCCCGGCCCUGGAGGUGGUCAGGCAAGCCUUCUUUGAGGACGCGGCGACGUCUGCGCACCGACUAGAGAUCGGCGACGCACUCACUGAGCCGAGAACAUUCUUUAUGACGCUGUGCCACAUAGUCUGUUCCAGUAUGCCGUGGGCGGGAGCGGCCGUGGACUGCAACGCGGUCCUGAAAAACUCUCGCGACUUUGCAGCGACGUACCGCUGCAAGAUUGAUUCUCCUAUGAAUCCUUCGAGGAAGUGCGGCUUCUUCAGUUAG